ACUUCAACAACAGAUCUUCAUCCACACUCUCUUCCAUCGUUGUUCCCGCAACUGAUCCUGCUCCUCAGUAGCUAUGACUUUACUGCUGCCAGUGCUGGGAGCCGUGCUCUGCUCCUUGACGGUUUCUUCUGAAGUCGUUCCCCAGGCAGACUUCAAUAUACAGGGGAUGGCAGGGAAGUGGUACCUGAUUGGAUUUGCCACUAACGCCCAGUGGUUUAUCAACCAUAGAGCCAGCAUGAAGAUGGGCAUGGCCAUGUUGACCCCAACUGCUGAUGGGGACCUGGAGAUAUCCUACGCCAGUCUCAACUCUGAUGGCUCUUGUUGGAGAAUGAACAACCUGGCCAAGAAGACUGAUGUGCCUGGAAAGUUCACGUACACAAGUGAGCGCUGGGGGAAUAUAAACGACAUGUGCAUGGUUGAUGUGAAGUAUGACGAGUACGCCCUGACUCACACCAUUAAGAACAAGGAGAGUGUUACCACCGUUGUCAACAAACUAUAUGGCCGUGGAGUGGACCUCAGCGCUGAUCUGAUGGAGAAGUUCAGGCAGUUCUCCUUGGAGACUGGCAUCCUACCGGAAAAUAUUGCUUUCCUUCCCAAAAAUGCGGAGUGCCCAGCUGCCUAGUUUUCUGCACCGGCCAUUGUAUGUCAACACUGCUGUCUGAAGACUUAAAAUGUUUAUUAUUUUACAUCUAUUGAGGAGCCAUGAACUCAAUUCAGGUUGUUUACUCUGCUCUUUCAAAUGUAUUAAACACAGUUCCUAAAAGCACUAAA